AAUUAUGUGGUGCGAAAGUUAAUUAAUGUAAUUGGAAAACAGUAUUGUUUCCUAAAGGUAUAAAUAUCAAAUUUUAGUAAAAUUCUGGAAACUACAUAAGUGAUUGUCUAUUUUUGUAAAUAAUAAAUAGAUAAUCAGGCAUCAGCAACACUUUAGUUAAAGUGGCUGAUAUGGUAGUUAAAAAAUGAUAUAAAAUAAACGUGGGUUAAAAUAUUUAGAUAGUACUGUUCAAAAUGUUUAAGUUUACAUUGAUAAUAGGACUGGUGGUUUUCGGUGAGACAGUUGCUCUCAAAAAUGACCAUUACGAAGCUGUUAAAGCCCUUAUAGGAAUCUAUAGGUCUCAAAUAUCUGAUACUUUAUUGGAUCUAAAUAACAAAUUGACGAAAUUGCAAGAUCAACUCGAGGAAUAUUCAAUCAAAUUUAUAAAAGAAUCCACAGACGAUUUUAAACCAGAAUUCGACAGAAUUCUAGCAGACUUUGGGGUACUAAAACAAAAUAUUAGCGAGAUUGGUGGCGAUGCUUUGCAAUGCCUGGAUGUUACGGAGAGUGGAAUCACUGGUUUGAUGGAAGAAUUUGUGGAAUCUACCAAUUUUUGCGUGACACUUCAGAAAGAUCAGAAUUUCGCUAACUACAUAAAUAAUAUAAAAUCCGAAAAAGACUUAUCACUUCGAGGUUCCCUAAAAACCUUCGAAAAUCAAUUGGAACAGUGUGGAGAAGAAAACAACACUUGUCUUAUCGCCCUGCAUGAACACCUUCUUGAAGUUGUUAACAAAAUACAUCCAGGAUAUUUUGAUAAGGUUGUAAUAGAUGCUGAAGAUAAGUUGGCUUCUUACGAACAGAUGAUAUACACGGGAUGUUAUUAUGUUGGAAAAGAUAUUCGUUAUGGUGACGAAAUGCUAAAAAGUAUUAGAGAAUGCAUUGAGGAAAUAUCCAAAUUAUAAUUAAUUAUUAAUUGUUCCAGUUUCAAAUAAAUUUUUGUGGAAAAUUUCAA